AUGCGCAUCGAACAUGUUGUGCCAAUGGGAACAUCAGCAGAGCAGGAGAUGGAACGUUUCUGGAACAGGAACAGUCGCCUGAGCCGGCCGCUCUCCCCUCACAUUUCUAUCUAUAAAUGGUCGUUGCCAAUGGCGAUGUCUAUAACAAACAGAGGCACGGCCAUUGCUAUGAGCGCUGGGGUCUCCUUAUUCGGGUUGGCUGCUCUAGUCCUGCCGGGUGACUUUGCAUCUUACCUGGAGCUCAUCAAGUCUCUGAGUUUGGGGCCGGCUCUGAUUUACUCGGCAAAAUUCUCUUUGGCUUUCCCUGUUACGUAUCACGCUUGGAACGGGAUCCGACAUCUGGUUACAGACCUGGGUAAAGGCUUGAAGAUCCCCCAAGUUUAUCAGUCUGGAAUAACAGUCCUGGCUUUAACCCUGAUAAUAGCUGCUGGUCUUGCUGCCAUGUGAUUGGUGAAUAGUUUGGCUCCGCCUCCGGUUCAUUUCAUUCGUCCAUGUUUAAUUUAAUAAUGAUUUAUAAAAAGACAUCCAUUACCCAGCUU